AGCUGGCCUCCUUCAUUGGUGGCCCUUUGCUACCUACGUUAGUGCAUUCAGCAACCAGGAAGCUUAUUAAAAUUUGCUAUAAAAAGAGGCAAAAGUGCAAAGUAUUUUUUAAAACACAUUUUGACCCAAGUAAAAAUAUGAAGUAAAGUUAGCAUUCGAAAAGAAGGUGACUGUAAUUUGACAAAAUUUCACGAAGGCUGAUCUUGGCACAACACCGCGAUCAUGUGAUGUAGUUGAUUCAAAAUGGCUACCUUGGGGUGUACUUCCUCUUGUGUUUAUCUUGGCUGCUAGUCUUUCUGUCACGCAUACAUUUUUUAAUGUUCUGUAAUAGGACACCCGUGUGGACAUUAUGACCGCUAGUUUUUAACAUGAUUGCUUCAUUCAAACUGAAAUAAUUUGUUUUUUUCAAGGACCCAGACGCAAAGAUGGGCUCUCGGCUCAGAGAGAAGCCAAAACGCCUCUUUGAGGUCUUUGUCGAAAUUGCCAAGCCAGAAGGAGAAAAUGAAGCUCCUUUCAUUAUUCAGCAAUACCCAUCAGAUUAUGAUGACAAGGAGGCACUUGUGAUGAUCCCGAAAUUUGCAUACCCUUGCAACACAGACUCGUCUCAAGUGGAUCACUUCACCUUUGUGCUGACAGAUCUGGAUAGUCUGUUCCGCUUCGGCUACUGUCGUCAUGCCACCGGUCAUCAGACCUGUCUAUGUAUACUCAGUUGUUUGCCCUGGUGUGAGAUCUACUACAAGCUUCUUGACUCACUGGCUGAGAUCACGAACCGAGCGGAGAACUCGCGUGUCCUUGACUUUCUCAAGGUCACCCAUGAACAUGAGGUCCCCCUACCAAAGGUCCCAGUGACUAUUGUGUCAAGAGAAGAGAUGUUCAGCUUUACGACCCCUGACCCCAGCGUGUUACCCGGCAUUCCUGCUAGUAGAAACCUGACCGAGUAUUACAAUGCUGUUGAUUCUUUCAACAUGAUGCUCAUUUUUGCCAGCAUGCUCCAUGAACGUCGUAUCUACAUGACCUCCCGUAAACUCAGUCGACUCACGGCCUGCAUCCAUGCUGCGGAGGCUCUGCUCUACCCCAUGCACUGGCAACAUCUGUACAUUCCUGUGCUUCCUGCCCACCUCAUCGACUACAUCAGUGCUCCAAUGCCAUACCUGAUAGGCGUACAUAGCAAUUUAUUAGAGAAACUCACGUUGAACCGGGUGGAUAUCGGUGAUGCUGUACUAGUGGACUUAGACAGUAACACCGUGGCCACUUGCUACGAUGACCUCGGUGACCUGCCCAGUGAUGUGUCGAGUUACCUGAAGAAAAACCUGAAGACGGACGUGGUGAAGAGUUCAAUGGACGCCAUCUCAAAGGCUUUCCUGCAGUCUCUGGUCAGACUUAUAGGUGGCUAUCGAGACGCUCUGAAGUUCCGGGAUGGUGAACCCAUCACCUUUGACCCUGAAGCAUUUGUACAGUCGAGGCAGUCACAGAGGACGCAAGCCUUUCUCGAGGGAAUGCUGACACUGCAGAUAUUCCAGCAAUUCAUCUAUGGCCGUCUGGAAAUCCUGAAUAAUGGCGGCGGUUUCACAGACAUCUUUGAGCAGCAGGCGACGCUGUACGCAGACAAGAAGAGUGCUCAGUCAGUCAUGACGAAAGGCAAAAAGAAAGGGAAGGAAAUGUUCAAUGGCCUCAAAGUGAAAGCUGCUCCCAUGAUGUCAACGGCUGUGAACUCUGUCAAGCAUCAGGGCAAGAAAGCAAUGGCGAAGAUUUCUGCGAUGACAGAUAAUGAUGAAAAGCGUAGCACAUUCCAAGCCUCAGGAGGCAUUGUUCACAGCAGACAGUCAAUCCGCCAGUCGUCCAGUUCUGACUCAAGUCUGGGGCCGCCUCCUCGUCCUCCACCGCCCCAGAGCCAGACCAAGCCAGCGACUGCCCGGCAGGAGAGUGUGAGCAGGCCAAAGUCCAAGCUAACGUCAGAGGACAGCUUGGACGACAUGAGGCUGAGCUACCACAAGGUGGACAUGACACUCAUGAAUGAUGACGACAUCCAGGCCGCCAUGAUGAGGUCAGCCAGUGCAGAGAUGCUGCCCAGACGGGACUCAAGCGGUUCGUCCUCUGUUAGCAGCGACUCGGGAGAAGACGACGACAGCGGCAACAUCCCAUUUGACAGUCUUCACAGCUCGGAGGAGGGGGAAGGCCUGGUGGUCAGCCCUGACGGGGAGGAGGGCUCCGAGAUUCCUGUGGAUAUCACCAUGGUGACCGUUGUCUCCAACAAGCCCGGCUCUUCUUCCUCAGGGGGAGAUAAACUCAUCCUGUCCCGACCCCGCCCUUCGCCCAGCUCCAGCACAACACCAGUGGCGCCCCCUCGUGGUAAGAGGAGCAAUCGUGCUAGUCCAAACGUGAGCCCCAUGGCCACACCUAAUAUGGGGGCGUCCCGCACAGCGGUACAGCCGCAGUCUGCCACCGUCCCCAAACCUCUGCCGCGCACCGCUAGCAUGAGAGCUACCACUGCAGAGCCCUCACUGCCAGUCACCACCGCCACUGUGCAAGAUGCCCCUUUGAUUAGGUUCGAGUCUAGCGAGUCUGAUGCAACUGAUUCAGACAUCUUUGAUCCGUUAGCAGGAGCGAAGUCUCCAAGUGCGACCAGCCCGCAGGAGUCUUCACUUGAGACUGAUGGUAUCGAAGGCGGGCAGCCCCUGCAGAGAAAUGUAGGGUCUCGCAGCUCUCUGUCACGCACGAAGGCCUUCCGACGGGAGAGUGUAGGGGUACCGUUGCGGCCAGGCUAUCGUGAAGAUAAGUCACCGGACAACCGCGAAGGUUCCACUGACCAUCAAAUGUCUAGUUUUGACCCGCUGUCUGAUCUGGCCGGGAUAUCUCUCUCAGCCACACCGGCGUCCUCGGCGGCGGCUACGACAGCAUUAACUGUGGCAACAACAACGACCAGCCCGAAGGCCUCGGACCCUCUGGCCAGCCACUCGCCGCGACGUCAGAGUUCGGAUCUCCUCAUGCAUGAGUGGUCACUAGCCUCACUGCCCAAAGCCCCAACCAUUGUGCUGCCAGUCAAUGCGCCACAACCAGGAUAUCGCUUCCAACAACCCAGCCAGUUUCGACCGACACAGAGCAUGAGUACUUCGCAGUGGGCGGGAAAUUCUGGGGCACCUGCACAUAUGUCAGGGCACAUGGUCCCUGCACAGUAUCAAAGCUCAAGAAUCCAAAACAACCCUUUAAGUCAGAGCGUCCCUGGUCCCCAGGCAGGAACCUUCCGCCAGACACAACCAGCUCCGCACAAUAAACCCUUUCAACAGACAGGUCAACUGCCCCUACAGCCUGUAAUGGGCCAGCAACCUCUUAAACCAACGGCCCAGCCAGUGCCGUUACAACCAACCGGCCAAGUGCCAGCAGUUUCCAUGUCCAAUAGGGUCUCUAGUAGGACAAGCUAUUCUCCCUAUUCCUCCAGUCACGCGCCGUCAACGAUGGGUAACAUGGCACAAACAGCACCACGGACGGGGUCUGCCCCAGCUCCUUCCAGCGGCUCGCCAUUUUAUUCCGGAGGAUUCCGCCACGUGCAGUCACCAGCGUCUGGUACGGGAACUAACUCGGGAGCACCUCGACAGUUGAACUCGGGUCAAGGGAGCGCUUCCUCCUCCCCUGCGAGAACGAUGGCAAACCCUGGGGGUGUCAACAAACUGCCGGACAAUCUGUUCAGCGAGUUCUUGCCAGGCUUCGGAAGUACUUCCGCAGCUGCUCAGGGUAAUGCGCAGCAGAAAGACUUGGCAUCUGCUUCUCCACAGAGAACUACAGCAAACACCAGGGCCCCUCCCGCGCGGCCCCCACAACCUCAAAAGUGGACGACUUUUGAUUAAGUGGAAAAAUACCCCAAAAUAGUCAAUUAGGUGUACAAAUUAUUUAUUUCAUUUGACAAGAAUAGCAUACAAUUUGAACGCCCUCAGACUGAUGAAUGGAUGACUCUUGAAUACAUAGGAAUCUGAAAAACAAACACAUAAAGAGAGUGUUGGGUGUUUAACUUAUUUGUUUCUGGUGAAAACUGAUGAGAGAGUCUGGAAAGAGAAUGUUCCUGUUCAUGUCCUAUUGAUAGUGGUAGAAACAGGCUGUUCUGUGGCAGAGGGAAUUCUUACUAACAUUCCAGACAGCAACCCAGUCGAAAACUAUCUCUUUCAAUAUGGAGACAUUUUGUGGAUGAUCAACAUUUUUUUAGGGUUCUGUUUUUGUGGAGUUCCAGAUAAAAGAAAUGUGUCCCUGUUUUAAACUUCUUUUUUUUAGACUCGGUGAAAUGUGACAAGUGUGUUUGUUUAGACGGGUGUUCAGUCAGCGGCUAGAUAUUCUCCUAAUGAGUGUCAAAACAGACUCAAACCUCGGCCAAAAACUUGUGAUGAGUGCCAGUGUGUGGAAAAGAAUAAAUUGUGUCUGGCUUAAGUAGGAGAGUAUCAUGCAUUUCUCCAAAAAAAAAGUUUCAUGUUUAACUUAUAUACCAUAGAUACUCGCCUAUAAUACAAUCUUGUAUACAACAUGGAGGGGGGGGAUGUGUAAUGCUUAAACUCCAAAACACCCAUUUUUUUAGGUCGCUUGUAUAAUUCAAGGUUAAUUUCUGACAUGCUGGAGGCAGCUCAACAUGCCUGGAAUGAAGUACUAGUCAGGCAUCAAAGUGUCUUGUCUUUAAAGAUGGUUGUUGCACCGAGACUGAUUUAAUCCAUUAGAAGGGGCUGACAGUUUUUUCAAGCGAGAUGUCAUGAUGUGUUUUAAACCAGAUUUUUAAUUGUUAAAUGGAAAAUCUUGUUCAGCAUUACUCUUUCUUUGUUUGGGCCCGAUCCUGACUCCGUGUCGCGCGAAAAGUGAGAUGCAUAUACUUUUGGACCUAUUUUUCAGAAAAAUCGUUCGUAUUGUAGGUGAAUAUAUAUAUGGCAAAUUAAAUAUGUGUGUAUAUAUACAUAAACAUAAAUAUGGAGAGAGAGGGAGGAAUGCGUUAUGUCAUAUCGUUGUAUACGCAAACAGGUGAUAUUUGCUGUAAAGAAAGAGCUCUAAGCUUGUGUUAGUCAAAUUGCUUUACAAACACGAUUGUGUUCUUCUUCGGCCUCUGCUGAAGUCUUUGGUUUUGAAAGAAAUGUAAUGUAUAUACACUGGGAAUUAAUAGCAUGCAAUGUAAUAUAAUGCCAAUGGUUCAGGGGAAAAUGGUACAGUUUUACAAUAAUAUUGAAUGGUAUAUUUUUAUUUGGCUCUGCAAGGUUGUCACGGCACAUUUUCCUGUCAGGGCAGUUGUCGUAAUUUACAUUGUCAUUUUGAUUUGGUUUGAAUGGUUCUGGCUUGGGUUUUUGUUUGAGUCUUUUUUUUUGGUUUUUCGUUUUGGGGUUGUUUUUAUGGGGGGGCGGGAUGUUGUUCCUGUGUUCUUCAUGUUGAGCUGUCCAUUGCAAAAACCAUUGCUCAUACACACAGUGCUGACAAUCAUUUUGAGCAUUGGCGGGGGGAUAUAUUCUCGGUGAGAAGUAAUCAUUAAGGAUAGAUACUGGGAGGCCUGGUCCUUUUCAUGGCUUAAAAUCCUCACAGAGCCUUGCGGGUUUACAAAUAUGGGAGGGGGGGGAGAAUAGUCUAGGACUGUUUGCUCACCUUUUAUCCAAACACAGAGCACUGUCCAUUUAUAACUCUUCAACUGCCAACCUCUGUUAUUUGUACUUCUUAACUAUUUUUCUAUCAAUUUAUUCAUCUGUCUCGUCUUUCUUUGUUUCCUGGCACUUACUGACGAUUAUUCCACCUAUGCAUUUCUUUUUUCUCCAAACUGAUCAAAGGCCUGGUGUACUUCAGAAAAAGGGCAUUUCUAUAGGUAUAUCAUUUCUAUUUCUCUGGUGUUGAAGGGUUUUAUACAACAAUUCAUAUAUUUUUGCUUUCGCAGUCCUUGUCCUUGACUACUGAUUGGGGGGGGGGCGAGUUUGCGUCUGAGUUAUCAGCAUUCUUUUUGUCAUUAUCCAUUAGAGCCAUUGUUUAAUGUCUUUUUACUGUUGUGUCAGUAAGUUUUAAGAAUUAUCUGGCUAAAUAUGAUCCAUGGGGGAUUCUGGUUUCCACAGCCACAAGUGUAAUGUGUUGACCACUAUUAACAAAUCCUGAAUAAUACUGUGGCUGUAAUGUGCUGACUGAAUAUCUUGAUGAGUACUGCAGUGACAUAGCUGUAAUGUGUUGGUUGAAUGUUAGAAAUCCUGAAGAGUUUACAAAGGCUACACAGCUGUAACGUGUUGAAGAGAUUAUAUAUAAAUCCUGAAAACUAGCCGGCUAGCCUUCUGUGGCUACGUAGCUGUAAUAUGAUGGCUAAUUGUAAUUAAUCCUGAAGAGCUCCAUGGCUACAAAUCUAAAUGUUUUGACUUAUGUAAUAAAUGCAAAAAAGUAAUUGCAGUUACAUACGUGAAGCAGCGUCGUGAAAUCAGGCGCUCGUCAAAAUACGGAAAUCAGAGAAACAGGAAUUUUCUCACCAGUUUAGAAAUUUGUAUCGAAUUUUUAUUUUUUGUCUCUACCUCUUUUAUGUCCAUAUUAAAACACAUUUCCAUGUGGAUUUUACUGAAAAAUGUUCAUUAAAGCCACAAAAUAUGUCAUUUUUCUGUUUUCACUGACGCUUUAGCUAUUGGAGUUACCAAACUCUGGCGGCUAAUUACAUGCUAAUUUCGCCACUGAAACCAGGCGACUUUACUUCCUUCAAUGGCAAAUAUCUUGAGUUCUAUUCAAGGUAAAUGAACAUUUAUUUCAUUGAAAGCAAGGCUAAUAAAUCAGCUUUCAGAUAAUACCAAAAACUCCACAUGCCCCAAAAUUGAUGAGCGCCUGAUUCCACCACAUAUGAGUAGUGUGUUGCUAAAUGUAAUAAAUCCUGAAGAGUACCCCGGCUUUAUAGCUGCAAUGUGUUGACUGAAUUUAACAAAAAUCUUAAAGAGUACAGUGGCUACAUUGCUGUAGUGUAUUGAAUAACAAGAUAGAUAGAUAUAUAUAUAUCAAAGUGUUGAGUUUUUGUUAUAAAAAGCUGUCACAAGUUGACUUCAUUGAUGUGCUGUAUUUGUGUAUAUGUGCAUACUCAAGACCUGGCAUCAAUACUCACACUGUCAUUGAUGGUUACUCGUGUGGCUUCCCACUAGUCAUGACACAUAUGCUAUGUCAUGGUCCAGCUGGGUGUUGUUUUUUUUUACUUAUGAGUUGUGAGUCGGGAGUUUUGGAGAAGGUUGGGGUAAAGGUUUCACCUGUUUUUGAAGUUGUCUGCAAUGUGUUGAAAGGAUUGUAAAACUGGUACUGGCCUUCGCUUUUG